ACAGAGCAGGGCGGGGGCUGGGAGGGGGCCCCAGCCUUCGACAGGGAUGUCCUGCACCGUUGCCGUCUGUCAGGGACUGGUGGCAGCGUUUCAGAAACAUCGGCCCUGCUGGGUCGGUUGGAAGCGCACCCCUUGCUGACUGGCGGAAGCCGCCCCAGCCUCUGGCAGCCUGACCCUGUGCGCCCUGCCUGCGGUUCAGAACCCGCUAGGACUCGCCGGGAGCCGGCCCUCGGCCGCAGGUCUCUGAGUGGAGUGUAAGGUAACGGAGAUGAGCUUCCUUGGCACGAAGGCCUGCUGCCCCUGGAUCUUUGGUGCCCGUGAACCUGCACCUGGCGGCCUCCACGCUGGACCGGCCGGAUCGCAGCCUCAGAAACCUGGAAUGGUCCCCCCGCCGCCGGGAGAGGAAAGCCAGAUCGUCGUCCUUCCGCCAGGCUGGCAGAGCUACCUGUCUCCUCAGGGGCGGCGCUACUAUGUCAACACGACCACCAAUGAGACCACCUGGGAACGCCCCAGCAGUUCUUCUGGGAUUGCAGCCAGCCCUGGCCCUCACAGGAGCUCUUUGCCUCCAACAGGUGACCCGUGGAAGAGUCGAAAUAAUGAAUGAGUGAAUGCAUGCCUG